AUUAAGAAUAAAUCUCCCAAUUUUCUUUGCCGGGCGAGCCCUUUUCUCCGCCGUCUUCAAGGCGGCACCCUUCAUGUAUAAAAAGCCAUCUUCCCUAUUUACUUUUCUGAGCCAAUUACCAUUUCAGACACCAUUUUCUUCUUCUCCAGUCUCUCUAUCUCCUCCGCCGAUGAACGCCUUCUCUCUCUCUGUAAGUUUGACGAGAAUCCCAACUCCGUAAUCUGCACCUCAAUCUUCAAAGGAUCAGGAUAGCUGUAUAUCUGUAUAUGCAUAUUGAUAUAGUUCCAAUUUUGUAUUUUCUGUUGUUUGAAGAUUUGAUUUUGCUGAGCAAUUAUAUUGCUUAAAAUCUUUGAUAUGAAUUCCCUGAGUCUUCUUUGUCACGCAACAAUGAAACCCACCUGUAGAAUCCUCAACAGAUGUCGAAACUCGGCGUUUUUCGGGUUCCCACAGCCUGCAACAUGGCUGCAUGGUUUGACAAAGACUGGAAAUUCGUCCAGUUUUUGUGUCAAUUUUGAGCAAAACUGCCAAUAUCACGCCAACCCUUUUCGUAUUUCGGGGUUUGGAGGCGUUUUCGAUGAUGCCCGAAAAGCCUCUCAGGUUCCCAGUUGGAGUCUUGGCCAAUCUGGGAUAAUAUCUAGGUCUUAUAGUGCUGGCGUUGGCACAGCUAGUAGGGGUGUUUCUGUGAUUGCUAGUUUGGCAUCCAGGUUUCGGAACCUUUCAACGUCAAUUGAGACCCGUGUGAAUGAUAACAAUUUCGAGAAGAUAUAUGUUCAGGGUGGUAUAAAUGUGAAGCCUUUGGUGGAGAGGAUUGAUAAGGAUGAGAACAUUGUGAGAGAGGAAGAAUCGAGGAUAGAAGUUGGUGAUGGAAAGAAAUCAGAAAGCUUGAAUGAAGCUACGGUUGUGACUUCGGAGAGAGAGUAUUCGGAUAUUGAGAAGGAGGCGUGGAGGCUAUUGAGAGAUUCGGUUGUGCAAUAUUGUGGGAACCCUGUGGGGACUGUGGCUGCAAAUGAUCCCGGUGACAAGCAACUGCUGAAUUAUGAUCAGGUCUUUAUCCGUGAUUUUGUUCCAUCGGCACUUGCUUUCUUGCUUAAGGGAGAAGGGGAGAUUGUGCGGAACUUCCUCCUUCAUACAUUGCAAUUGCAGAGUUGGGAGAAAACUGUGGAUUGCUAUAGCCCAGGACAGGGAUUGAUGCCUGCAAGUUUUAAAGUUAGAACUGUACCUCUCGAUGGAAAUAAGACUGAAGAAGUUUUAGAUCCAGAUUUUGGUGAAUCAGCUAUUGGACGUGUUGCACCUGUAGAUUCUGGAUUAUGGUGGAUUAUUCUGUUGAGGGCUUACGGAAAGAUAACUGGUGACUAUGGAUUACAGGAGAGGGUGGAUGUUCAAACAGGCUUGAAAAUGAUUCUGAACUUGUGCUUAACUGAUGGGUUUGAUAUGUUUCCAUCUCUUUUAGUCACUGAUGGCUCCUGCAUGAUAGACCGGCGGAUGGGUAUCCAUGGUCAUCCCCUUGAGAUCCAAGCCUUAUUUUACUCGGCUCUUCGAUGCUCUCGUGAGAUGCUUGCUGUAAAUGAUGGAUCCAAGAAUUUGGUAAGGGCCAUCAACAACAGACUCAGCGCUUUGUCAUUCCACAUCAGAGAAUACUAUUGGGUGGAUAUGAAAAAGAUGAAUGAGAUAUAUCGAUAUAAGACAGAAGAGUACUCUACGGAGGCUACCAACAAGUUCAAUAUCUACCCUGACCAAAUUCCUCUAUGGUUAAUGGACUGGAUUCCAGAAGAAGGCGGGUAUUUUAUUGGCAAUCUACAACCAGCCCACAUGGACUUUAGGUUUUUCACUCUUGGAAAUCUUUGGUCCAUUGUUUCAUCAUUGGGUACUCCGAAGCAAAAUGAUGCUGUAUUGAAUUUGAUUGAAGCCAAAUGGGAUGAUCUUGUGGGCCAUAUGCCACUUAAGAUAUCCUACCCUGCCUUGGAGUUUGAAGAAUGGCGUAUAAUCACUGGCAGCGACCCAAAGAAUACCCCAUGGUCAUAUCAUAAUGGCGGAUCCUGGCCGACGCUCCUGUGGCAGUUCACAUUGGCAUGCAUCAAGAUGGGCAGAAUCGAACUAGCUCAGAAAGCAGCUGCUUUGGCUGAGAAGAGGCUUCGUUCGGACCGCUGGCCCGAAUACUAUGAUACAAGAACAGGGAAGUUUAUUGGAAAGCAAGCGCGGCUUUACCAAACAUGGACCAUUGCUGGGUUCCUUACAACUAAAAUGCUGUUGGAGAAUCCAGAGAAGGCGGCCUUGCUAUUCUGGGACGAGGACUACGAACUUCUUGAGAUCUGUGUUUGUGCACUUAGCAAGAGUGGCCGGAAAAAAUGCUCCAGAGGUGCCGCUAAGUCUCAGAUUCUUGUAUAACGAGUCCCAUUCUUUCAAGGGCAAAAAGUUUGGCCUUUGUACUGUACAGCGACACAUUUAGGAUAGUGUAUGAAGAAGUUGGAUAGCGCAGAGUACUCUGAUUCAAAAUAUAGCAUGAAGGUUGUAUUUUUUUCAUGCAUCUGAUGCUUAUUAUUUGUUUGGUCGUCCGAUUAAUCGGUCUAAGUUGAUCGGAAUGCACAUUUACAGUGAGAAAUGUGUACUUUGUAACAAUUACCACAUG